UCAAGGACUGCACCACUAUCUGGAUUUUGUUCACUACAGGGACAAGAAGAAGACAUUGUGUCUGAGGAAAUUUUACACCUCAAAGGAUCCGUUUUCAAGACCAACGUUGGCCUAUGAGGACCUUUGGCCCAGAAGUCAUGAAGUCCCGCAGACCGAGCUGUGCAGAUUCAGGGUCGGAGUCUGACUCCAGAGACCCAGAGAAGUUUGAGAGUGCCAUUCGGCGAAGGAUGGCAGCCAACGCUCGAGAGAGAAAGAGGAUGGAGGGCCUGAACACCGCAUUCGACCGCCUCCGCAAAGUGGUUCCUCAGUGGGGUCAGGACAAGAAACUCUCUAAAUAUGAAACACUGCAGAUGGCCCUGAGCUACAUUAUGGCCCUCAAUCGAAUCCUGACUGACGCCAGCAGACACACAGCUCCAGAGAAAGACUGGCUGAAUCUACAGUUUGACGGCCUACAGCCAGAGACCUAUUCUUGCUUUAUGAGCUAUAACUCCCCUGUGGAAAAUAACUGUAUGCAUCCCUCCUUCUCCUACCACUACGAAAGCCUCUAAGCUCUCAGGGACUGAUAAGCAAUGGUGCAUUCACUUGUAUCUUUCUUUGCAUAGAUACAGGAGUCAGUAAAUAUGUAUGUAUUACUAUGUAAUAUUUUAUGUUUAUGGUUCUGGAAAUCAAGUGUUUGAUUAGCUUUAAUAGAGUCUAAAGCAUUCUAGGGGUAGAGUUGCUUAAAUUGUUGCAAAAAAAGGUAUGUUUUUCUGUACAAUUUUAGAAAAUCUUCCAUCAUGCAUGUUGUA